UGGUCUUUAUUAUGUAAACUGAUGGAACUCUGUCCAAGCAUUAUUAACAAAUUGACAACUCCUCAGGAUAUGGGAAAGGACUGGGAUGUUCUUGGAGUGCAUCAAUGAAAUUUCAUUACUGCUUCGAGAUGAUGAAAUGGAUGUAUUUUCUUUGGUUCUUGAUGGAAUGAAGAGACUUGCUGACCAUUGUGGAAUUCAGAUAUAUGGGUGUCAAGUAUUGAGUGCACUUUUAGGAAAAGUUCCAGAUGAGCAGAUGAUUGAAUUUGUAGAAGAGAAAGAUCACUGGGUAAUUUUAGAAGCCAUAACAAAAUUCAGUGAACAUGAAGAUCUGGUACUGCAUGGUUUGAGAGCUCUGCUUCCUUUGGCUAGUCCACAAAACAAUGUCGAAGUUCUGAUGUCAGGAAAUGAAAAAUGCUACAGUCUAGUAACUGAUGCAAUGAAGAGAUUUCCUGACAAUGAGGCAAUUCAUGAAACUGGCUGCUGUUUACUACAGAGGUUUACUCUUGAUAAUUUUUACAAUAUUUUAUUACUGCACGGAGCACCUGAAGUUGUCAUUAAUGCAGUUCUGAAAUAUCCACAGAAUGGUACUCUGCAGGCUGCAGCUCUCAGCAGUUUGGCACUCUUAACUGAAACGAUAUUUGUGAACAAGCACCUUGAAGAAAGAAAAGAUGAUCUGUGUUGGACAGAGGCUUGCUGUCGAGCUUUGGAAACAUUCAAAGGGAAUGCAAAGGUCCAGGAAGCAGCUUGUUGGGCAUUGUACAAUCUACUUCUGUAUCAGAAUGAUCUACAUACAAAAUUUGAAGAUGAAGAAGCAUGCUAUCCAGUUCACAGACUGGUGAUGACAGCGAUGUUAUUACAUUCCAAUUCAAAGCAAGUAUUUCAAGCAGCAGCAAAUGCUCUGGCAACUUUGGUCAACAAAAGCGUACAAAUCAGAAGGCUUCUCUUGGCAAAAGGGAUACAUAUCAACAUUCUAGACCUUAUGAAAAGACAUUCAAACUCUUGUGAUGUCCUGGAAAGUGCCUGCAAAUUCCUGAAUAAGUUAUUUAUUGGAAGCAAUCUGAGUUGGGAUAUCAUGAAAUUAACUUCAUGUAGAAUAAUAGACACAUUGAAGAAUACUUUACAUAACUCUUCUGUACAGCUUGAGGCCCUUCGGGUUAUGUCACACCUUAUUUGUCCUGAGGACAUGCUGGAUGCGGAGGAAGAUACAGAUAAGUUAGAAGCAAUAAAGAAAGCAAUUGGAAAGCAGUGUUUGUCUGAUGGUUUUCAUGGAUUAGUCCUUGAAGCUUUGAAUAAGUAUAUUGAAAAUCCAGCUAUCCAACAAUGUGGCCUCCAAUUACUGUGCACUAUUGCUGAUUCUUCGGGUACAUUAGAACUGAUGAAAGAAGGAGCUUUAGACACUGUAAUCCAUACUUUACAAAUGUACCCUUCCAUGCAAGAAAUUCAGUAUCUGUGCCUGAAACUCGUGACGAUACUUGUUCCAAAGAAUUAUUUAAGUCAUACAUUCUUGACUUUGGUGGCAAAGCUUUUAUUAGAAACAGUACGCAGAUAUGCAGACAAAGUAGAAGUGCAAAUGCAGGGUUUCCAAGCAAUCUUGAUGUAUUUUGAAACCAUACCAUCUGCGUUUGUAAUUUUCUUCAAGGAGGGGAUUGACAGAUUUAUUUUUCGUCAGAUGGCAGAACACAGAAAUAAGCAGCUACAGAAUCUCCUCUGCAAGUGCUUGUACAAGUUGGCCAUUGAUCGUGGAAUAAGAAAUCAGAUGCUUGAGAAUGCUUGCUCUGAAAAUAAUGUCGUAAUGGCAGAAUAUUUAAUCCUCUUGGCGGCUGAUGUCAAUCACAAGUCUAAAAAUGAAUCACUGAUUUACCAGGCUUGUACACAAAGCAGUAACCCAUUGUUAGUGGAACUUUUGCUUAACCAUGGAGCACGUGAGCAAGAUAUUCGGAAAGCUUUAGAAGUCAGCAUUAAGAUGAGUGAUGAGAGAAUCAUAAGCUUGCUUCUAAGAAAGCUUGGAUUGGACCAAAACAAUAAGGCCAUUUGUCUGGGUGGACUUCAUAUGGGCAGGAUUGAAGCAACUUGGUUACAUCCAUUGUUUCCCAAUGAGACAUCUCCCAUGUCAAAGCAACAGCUGUCCACAGGUGUCUCCUUGGCCAAGCUUUUAUCAAAGGAUGGGGCCGAAUUGUUGUCAUCAGUGGUGCAGAGUUCAAGUACAAAUUUUGGAUUGAGCUACUCUGAGGCAGCAUUAAAUAAGAGCAAUGAUUGCACUGCAUUGUCGGAUGUGUCAGCAAUUGAUACAGAAGAAAGUAGCCUUUUUGAUGACUUGGAGAAUGAAGGGAAUUUUGUUAUUAUUCAAAAUCCAAACAAUUACUUGGAUGUUGGCGAUUACAGUGAACCUGCAAUUAAUUUGAGAUGCUACCGUUCGUUAAGUGCACUUGACGAUGUUGAGCCUGCAGUUAACCCAAGGCAGAGAUCUAUUUCUCAUAUAGUUCAUAAACCAGACUGUGCACCGCCAAGACCUUCAUUUGGAAGUGUGAAUGACCACUGGGUGCAGCAUGCUACUGAGACAGAAUUCAUCUGGUCUUUGGAUCUUUCUGCAAAUGACUUGGAGCACCUAAAUUCCAUCAAUCACACAUGUUGUAUUGCUCCAUACCUUGCACAACUACAAAAGCUGGAUUUAAGUCAAAAUAACUUAACAAGUUUCUCGCAACACUUAUGCACCAUUCUCAGGUGUCUGACAGAUUUGGAUAUCAGCAAUAACAAGUUCACUACUUUUCCAACAUGUGUACUGGAAAUGCAGUCUAUUAAGUCUCUUGAUAUCUCCAGGAACAACAUUGGCCAUUCUCUAAUCUUGAACUCCACGUGCCCAACCCUGAAAAAAUUGAAUUUGUCUCAAAAUCAACUCUCCUCCUUUCCAGAGUCUCUUGAUAAAGCCACAGAAAAAUUAGAAGAACUAUUACUUAAAGGAAAUAAAAUGAGGACAAUUGUAUCUUCACUGUGUUUGACUGAGCUUAAUCUACUAGAUCUUAGUCAAAACUGCAUUCCUAACAUUCUGGACACAUUUCUGAUGCAAUGCUCAAAGCUAGACACAUUCAGAAUCUCAGAGAAUCACCUCAGUACGUUGCCAGGUUUGCCACUAAAGAUUACUACAAUUGAUUUAGCCAGCAACAAGUUUGACAGAGUUCCUGAAGCAGUUCUUAAGCUUCAACAUUUAAGGAGUGUAAACCUAAGUCACAACAACAUAUCCGAGCUUCCUGGACCAUUGCAUUGGGAGUCUUCAAGUUUAAGGGAGCUCAUAUUCAGCCAUAACCAAAUCAGUGUUUUGGAUUUGAGUGAAGGAGUGAAUAAAUGGUCAAGACUAGAAAAGUUGAAUCUCUCUAAUAACAAAUUGAAGGAGCUACCUCCUCAAAUUGGUCUGCUAGAAAACAUGACAUCAUUACUCUUGAGUAAUAACUCUGACUUGAAAUCCUUGCCAAAUGAAAUGGGGAAGCUGCAUAAGUUGUGGGAGCUUGAACUACAAGGGCUGUUUCUGGAUUUGGAUUUAAAACAUGUGGGCAGCAAAACAAAAGAUAUCAUAAGAUUUCUGCAUCAGCGCUUGAAGAAAGCUGUGCCUUAUUACAGAAUGAAACUUAUGAUAGUGGGAAAUGCCGGUAGUGGAAAAACCACAUUGCUUCAGCAGCUGAUGAAAUGCAAACAACCAAAUCUGGAGCGAGAGAAAGCCACGAUUGGAAUUGAUGUUAAGGAGUGGUCAAUUCAUGUAAAAGAAAAGAAAGGGAAGAGAAAGGAAUGCACGUUGAGUGUCUGGGAUUUUGCAGGGCAAGAAGAGUUCUACAGCACACAUCCCCACUUUAUGUCUCCACGAGCCCUAUACCUUGUUGUCUGUGACCUUAGUAAAGGAGUUGGUGAAAUUGAUGCUAUCAAACAUUGGCUGUUUAACAUAAAGGCCUGUGCCUCAUCCUGUCCUGUAAUUCUUGUCGGUACGCACGUUGAUAUGAUUAAUGAAAAACACCAAAAAAAUUGCAUAUCCAAAAUUAAGAUGGAAUUCCUUCAGAACCAUGAUUUUCCUCCCAUCCGUGAUUACCAUUUUGUGGUGGCCACAGAAGAAUCUGACUCUGUUUUAAAACUGCGUAGAGCCAUUAUUACAGAAAUACAGAGUUUCAAGAUCAGAGACCAGCCAGUAAUAGGUCAGCUCAUACCUCAUAGUUAUAUGGAAUUGGAAAAGAGGAUUAUACAGGAACGAAAGAAUGUUUUGUCAGAAUUUCCAGUAAUUCAUCAACAGCGGCUGCUGGAAAUAGUUCAAGAGAAUAAUUUGCAACUGGAUGAAAAUGAACUGCCCCACGCUGUUCACUUCCUCAAUGAAUCUGGUGUGUUACUGCACUUCCAUGACCCAGCUCUUCACCUGCGGGAUCUUUAUUUUAUAAUUCCACAAUGGCUGUGUAAGAUGAUGGCACAGAUUGUGACUGUAAAAGCAGCAACUUAUCCAAAGCAUCCUUGUGGAAUUAUUUAUCGAACAGAUGUCGAGAACUUUCUCUCACAGAAAAACAGUUUCCCUCAGAAGUAUAUAUCCCAAUACAUAAAGCUCCUGGAAAAGUUCCAAAUUGUUUUGCCUUUAGGAGAGGAACAACUACUUGUUCCAAGCAGUUUACCUGAUCAGAGACCUGUAAUUGAACUCCCACAUUGUGAAAACUCCGAAUUGAUAGUAAGGCUUUAUGUAAUGCCAUAUUUUCCAAUGGGAUUCUGGUCCAGACUCAUCAACAGGCUACUGGAAGUUUCUUCUUACAUGCUUGGCAGACAAGAUAGAGAGAAACGUUUACGGCCUAAUAGGACAUAUUGGAGACAAGGAAUCUAUCUGAUUUGGUCACCAGAAGCCUACUGCCUGGUAGACUCAGCUGUAUUGGAUGAUAAGCCAGACAGUGUUGUCAAAAUAACUGUUCCAUGCUGCAGGAAAGGGUUCAUUUUAAUGGGCCAGAUUGUAGAUCACAUUGAUUCUCUGCUGGAAGAGUGGUUUCCAGGCCUACUGGAGACAGAUAUAAUUGGGGAAGGAGGCACUCUUCUGAAGAAAUAUGCUUUGUAUAGCUUUGAAGAUGAUCAAGAAUGCCAGCAAAUUCUACUGGAUGACUUACUAGACAUAGCUAAAGAAGGAGAUUUUUUAACUUGUCCUACUGAUAGAAGCAACAAGGUUUCCAUCUCACGAGUGGCUCCAGACCUUGUGCUGGUUGAUCUACCCAGGCAUAUUAUGCUGGAUGUUAACCACCUUGAGCUAGAACAAACGCCUGAUGUUUUGCUGGGUGAUGGAGGUUUUGCAUCUGUCUAUCGGGCAACUUAUAAAUGUGAAGAAGUGGCUGUUAAGAUUUUUAACAAGCAUGUGUCACAAAUGCAUCUACAUCGUCUUCUGCGACAAGAACUUGCAAUUCUUAGUUGUUUGCAUCAUCCCAGUUUAGUCUCUCUCUUGGCGGCUGACUUUCGACCCCAGAUGUUGGUAAUGGAAUUGGCACCCAAAGGUUCUCUGGACAUCCUGUUUAAUACUGAGAAAGACCACCUUACUCAAACACUUCAACACCGGAUUGCUUUACAUGUAGCUGAUGGCUUAAGAUAUCUGCAUUCAUCAAUGAUAAUUUAUAGGGAUUUGAAGCCUCACAAUGUAUUGCUGUUCAGUUUCAAUCCUAACUCUGCUAUAAUUGCCAAAAUUGCUGAUUAUGGAAUUGCUCAGUACUGCAGCAGAAUGGGAAUCAAGAGCUCUGAAGGCACACCAGGAUUUCGAGCACCAGAAGUUGCUCAAGGAAAUGUCAUUUAUAAUCAUCAGGCUGAUGUUUAUUCAUUUGGAUUGCUUUUAUAUGAUCUGAUUACUAAUGGUGAAAGAAUCUCUUAUGGAAUGAAGUUUCCAAAUGACUUUGAUGAGAUGGCGAUUCAGGGGAAAUUGCCAGAUCCAGUCAAAGAAUUUGAUUGUGCUCCAUGGCCCACUGUCCAAAGUUUAAUUGAUGAUUGUUUGAGGCAAAACCCUGAGGACAGGCCACCAGCUUCUCAGGUGUAUGAGACUCUGAAUUCAGCAGAGCUACUUUGUUUGAAGAGAAGAAUGAUAGUCCCUGGUAACCUCACAGCAGAGUGCAUGGUAGCUACAAGCUCUGUUUGCAGAACGCCGCGUGUCUGGAUUGGCAGUGGACAACGAGACAAGGCACAACUCUCCUGUUUAGAAUUGGACACUGAUGGACAGGCUAUUGUGGACAUUGAGGAUAACCGCAUUUUGUGCCUAGCACUGGUAUGUGUGAUUGGCGAGCAAAUUAACUGGGUUGUUGCAGGCACACAGUCUGGACAUUUGUGGAUAGUCAACACAGAGAACAUAAAAUCUGUUCAUCAACUUCGGAAGAUGUCUGAUUCUAUUACCUGUUUGUAUUGCACUCAUCAUUCCAAACAUAGCAAAGAAGACAAUUUUCUGUUGGUGGGAACAGCAGAUGGAAAGCUUGCUGUUUUUAAGGAUACAACAGUAAAGUACCAAGAUGGCGCACCCCUGAAGGUUGUGGAUAUUGGUGACAUCAGUACUCCUUUGGUAUGCUUGAGCAUAUCACUCUCUUCAGAACAGAUAGCUUUUUGGGCAACCUGUGGAACAAAGAUCAUAUCACUUAGCAGCAAUUUUACAGUUCAGAAGGUGAUAGACACAAAGACAAGGACUCUAAGCCAGAAGUAUUACAGUGAUGGAAAUAUUACCACCAUGGUGAUUGAUAAAUACAUUUAUCUGGCAAAGAAGGAUAGCCAUGUUGUUGAACUUUGGGACAAGAACUCGUACAAAAUGACUGUGUCAAUUGAUUGUGCUUCUAUUCUUAAGAAUGAGGCAUAUUCAGCUAGAGUGAAAGCACUUCAUCUUCAAAAGACAAGUGCCCUUUGGAUUGGAACAGGAGGGGGUGAUGUCAUACUAUUAGAUCUUUCCACUCAUCAGCCCAUUCGGGUCAUUGAGAAAUUCUGUCAUUCUAUCAGAAGUAUGGUGCCAGCACAAAUCGAGAAGGGAUGCCUUCAUACUGUCAUCCUGAUCCUAGGAAAUGUCUGUACAGAUUCCAAUGGAAACAACAAACAACAGAGUGAAUUGCAAUCACAGCUGUUUGUUUGGGACUUGAACCUUCCAUAUGAGAUCCAAAGCCUGAAGAAGCACACAGAUAUGAGAAGAGAAAUAACUGAAAAAAUGAAAACUGGUUCUUUGGAAUGAGUGCACAUGGACAAAUACAUAUGUAUAUAUUUUCUUAAUUAAUUUAAAGUUUUGGGUUCAUUGAAAAUACAAAGUGGUAAACCUAACAUACACAAAAGAAUUUUUAAAUAUGGGAUAUUGCACAAAAUGGAGCUAAAUUACCUCCUGUAUUUAUCCUCUUGAGAAAACUCCCUCCAUGGAGAUUGAAACUAGUCAUAUAUUUUUGUAACUUGAUAUGCAGUUAGUUUAAAUUUUUAGAUCCCUGAACUUUUGCACUUGUAAUAUUGCAAUAAUAUAAAUAAAUUUACAGUUUGGAUACUAACCUGAAUGACUUGCCAGUGCAAUGUGUUGCUGGGAGUGUUCUGAAGUUAAUGAUUGAAACGUCAUUAACUACACUGGAAGUUAAGUGCUGACAGUAUAAGAUAAUUGAUUUUUGGAUCUGAGACCAAACCCAGUAAGGGAUUGCCAAGGUGGAAUUUGUGACCACCCAACUGAUUCAUUAUUGAUACCUCUAGACUCUUCAGAGUUUGCAGAAUUUGUUUUUAGUCUGCUAUUGAGAAUGGUAUGAAGAGUUCAGACUAAGUGAUCAUGUCCUCAGAAAGCUCAUCACAAAAAUGGCAGUCUCUUAAUGAAAGAAAAUAUCCCAGAAACGCUUGAGAGAGGGAAAGAUUGUGGUUACCUUUAAAAUUGCUGUAAAUGAAAUGUAUCUAUGUUACCUCUACACAGGCACAUUUGCAGCAAAAAGUAUAGCUGGUAAUGCCUGGUGACUAAUACAAUAAAAGGGAGUUUGGAUGCUGGUAAUUGAAUUUUUAAGUUUUGGAUAUUGUACAUG